AUGGGGGAGGGUCUCACCAAGCAACGGCCGGGUGCCGGCUGUACCCAGGAACAUUCGCAGGACGUGUGGCACGGCCUCUACCAGAUGUCCUCCCAGCAGUUUGUGGCAACAUGGCUAAACACAACCAAGAAGGUCAGAAUUGCCAAUAAAUACUGGACCCGUUAUGGUACCUCCUUCAGGAAAAUGGUGAAUAAGAUUGAAAUAAGCCAGCACGCCAAGUACACUUGCUCCUUCUGUGGCAAAACCAAGAUGAAAAGACGAGCUGUGGGGAUCUGGCGUUGUGGUUCCUGCAUGAAAACCGUAGCAGGUGGUACCUGGACCUACAACACCACUUCUACUGUCACAGUAAAGUCGGCUAUCAGGAGACUGAAGGAGUUGAAGGACCAGAAGAAGCUCCACCGUUUGAAACAUUGCUUACUUACAACAAAUGGGUUAAUUGAUAUAACAAUAAACAAAACAACAACAAAAAGAAUGUAUAGCAACUGGCCUUGAAAGACAUACUAGCUC